CGGCGCCGCGACGCGCCGGCCGAACCGUGCGCUUGCCGGCAUGCAGGUGCGGGAGUGAGAGGCUGCCGGGGGAAAGGGCGUGUGUGUGUGCGCGCCCGCCCGCCCAGGUUGUCGGCCCGGCAGCCGCGGAGCCGAGCGGCGGUAGGCGUGGCAGGGCGGAGCGCCCAGGGGCGGGAUAUCAUGACAGCGUUGGCCGCCGCCUCCUUUUUCUCCAACACUUGUAAUUUCGGUGGAUGUGGCCUCACCUUUAACACCCUGGCAGAACUUAUCGAGCACAUUGAAGACAUCCACAUAGAAAAUGACCCCAAGGUAUUGGAAAGGCAAGAACAACAGCAGCCAUCGUAUAUCGCACUAAGUUAUAUCAAUAGGUUUAUGACUGAAGCUGCUCGCCGUGAGCGGGAACAAAUGAGAAAAAGACAUCAGGCCAAAUUAACACCAGCUCUUUCUAGUCCUGUGGGAAGAGGAGGCAUGCCUGUAUCACCUCACCCUGGCAAUGGGACCUCAGCGUUUCCAGGCACACCACCAGUUACACCAUCAUCUUCCGCCUGCAGUGGAACUCCAACUGGCAGUGAAUUAGAUGAAGAAGAAAUUGAAUGUGAAGAUUCCGACAGUGAUGAAUCAUGGACAACAGAAAGUGCUAUUAGCUCCGAGACUAUUCUAAGCUCAAUGUGCUUGAAUGGGGACGACGAGAAGCCAUUUGCUUGUCCUGUACCUGGCUGUAAAAAGAGGUACAAGAAUGUUAAUGGAAUCAAGUACCAUGCCAAGAAUGGCCACCGCACUCAAACCCGUGUCCGGAAACCUUUCAAGUGCCGCUGUGGGAAAAGUUACAAAACUGCUCAUGGGCUUCGUCACCAUACCAUCACCUUUCAUCCACCAGUGUCAGUUGAUAUGCUUAGAAAGAUGCAGUUGUGAGGCAAUUCCCCCGUACCUGACUGAACUGCUAAUUGCAUACUCAGUUUUCUGCUAACAGGGGUGAGUGAAGAGAUUGAAUUUUCUCUCAAAACUAAUUGUUACAAAUCUUGAAAAAAGUUGCUCUUUAUUCUUUAUUUUUAAAUGAACUUUCUGUCUAAAAUAAACACUUUAUUAGUUACAAAGUUGUGUUCCCAUAAUGGCAUCAAAUGUUGCUACAAAUUAGAUACAAUAUUUUAAAUAUUAAUUUUGAGUUCCAGGGAUACUAUUUUAAUUAAUGAUUAUUGCUUCUAAAAGCACUUCUCUAUUCCUUUAUUGAGCUUCAAUAUUCAAUUGUAGGUUACAUCUUAAAAUUGCCAAUACAAUAAGUUUAUUUUUUAUAUUGCAAAAUGUUUUUAAAGAUGCCAUUGGUAGUACAAAAAGGUGCUGCUAUACUUUAGAUCUCGAUGUUAGAAUCCUGGGAUCUAAAUAAAGGCAAGCUUGAUUUAUCAUUAUCAUUUAUAGAGUAUUUUGAUGGGGAAUCAUCCUAACCGAUCCUUCUGUCAUAUACCACUAGAUUGAAUGUCAUGCUGUGCCAGAUUUGUUUUCAAGUGGGGGAUGCAAUCCUUGUACUAUGUAAUAAAAAUUUCUCUGGAUCAAUUCAUGAGAACUUGACAGUUGUUUCAAAGUUUCCACUAGACCAAAUUAAUCUUUAUCUUGAAGAAAAAAUAUAUUUAAAAAUUUCUAAAUUUAAAUUUGAAAUGUAAUUAAAUAGAAUCAAUUAAUGUUAGAAUCUAAGAUCGAAAGUACUUGAUCUAGAAUUCUAACAAAAGAAGUCACGUUGAUGGUUUUUGUCAUGAAAAUAGGAAACUGACCACACUAGUUAGGUUGUUUAUAAAGAUGAGUAAAACUAAAAGCAUUGUUCCCAGGUUAAAAGAUACUUAAUUUCUUGAGACAUGUGUUGGCCUUUAGUGUGCUAAAUCAGUGUGUGUGUAAUUAAAGCAGCAUGUGCACCAUAUGCUUAUAAAUAAGGUUUGCCUGUUUACAACUAAAUAAUGUACUCUUGCAUUAAAAGAAAUUCUGUUGUCAGCAAGUUAAGUUAUGGCAAUUUGGUUACUUAUUGGACGCCUGCCUAAAAUAUAAUCCUGACCUAGUUCUGCUAUAAUGCAGUAUCAGCACUUUGGAAGUUUUAAAAGAUUAUGUCUGUGGUUCAGAAAAUAUGAAAAUGUCAUAUUUUAUUUUAGAUAAUUAAUCUUGACCCUGGCAACCUUUUUUUCGUUCAGUUUUACCUUAUUUAAAAAAGAAAGACUAAGUUUCAGAUUGGUAAAGCUGGACACCCAGUUCUCUUUAGUAUAAUGUCGUUUUACAAGUAUUAAUAUUACAUGUCAGUGCUUAAAAUUUGAUCAAUGGUGAAAUUUCAUUGGGGCAUUUGAGAAGAGUCAAUCUGCUACGUACUAGUAAGAAUUUUGGAUGGAAUAAUCACUGCCUAAAGAUCAGAAGAUGUCUAUUUACUGCCACCCCUCCCCCCAUUUCAUGUUUUCAAAUUGAGAAGAGUAUAACAGUUUAGAUUCAGUACUUUUAUGGUUACAAUGAGUGUGACUCUGUGUUAGUUAAUAGCGACUAUAUUUAUCUUCUGGCUUUCUUCC